GCUUCCUGAAGGAGGAAAGCUUCAGCUGAUCCUUUCAGGAGUGGGGCUAAGGUGGGGAGAGUUUCUGAGAAGCAAUGGGCCUAUCCUGGUCCUCUGAGUUCUUCAAGAGCAGACCCAGAAUUGAGGAUUUUCCAUGGUUAAUUUGGCAGAGAGCCAGGGAUGGUCAAGGCUGAAGCUGCUCUGCUGAGGGCACUCUGCUUUCACUCUGAGUGGGAAGGAAGCACAGAGGAACUAAAGAGGUUUCAGUACCAGCGCUGAACUUCACCCACACUGGAUUUUGUUUGGUGUGUGUCACUAAUAACAGGGAGAGAAAGGUCCCCUGGCAGAGCUAGAGAGUCUCACAUCUUAAAUAUCAACCACUGGCAGGGCAGGAGCCACCAAGUAUUGCUGCAUGUCAGUGGCCCCUAAGGUUUCUGAGUUCCUGCCCUCUCAACUAGCUAGUCCUCUUUCCUCUACCUUGAGUGCAGGACUGGGACAUCACUCUUCCUUUAAGUAUUUUGUUCUUGGUGACUGAAAGCUCACCUGGGGAUGCCCAGUCCUUAGGUAUUUUCAGUCAUACCUUUCAAUGGUUGAUAACACCUCUGCUAACAUCAUAAUGGUUGAAAUGUAUUCUGCUGGAGGUUUUGGCAAAAGUUCCAUCAUUUCCUAUGUGACUUAUCAUUGUUCUGACAGGACCCACAUAAUCCUCCACCAUUCCCAUACAUUGUAGCUGCCCUGUGGAUCUUCUCUAAUGUGUUUGUUCACCUCAUGGAACUGAUCUUCCUUCCCCAUUGUCCUGAGCUAAUUUCUUAGCAUCCUUAAUUUCUCAUCUUAUUAGCUGGCGAUCAUCAGGAUGAGAGGAGCCAUUCCUGGGCGGUGUUUUGAAAAUGAGUCUUGCUCUCCACACAUGAUGAACUAUUGAAUUAGAAUGAACUAGAUUCUAAUGAAUCAGAGAGAUCUCGGGAUUGGAAGGAGGAGGUGCUGAAGGCCUUCCCCUGUGUCUCAGGAAAGGCUCCUGGAAAGGGCAGCUUGGCUAUUGGUGAAUUGGGGAAGAGCUUGUAUCACAUAGGUGAUGACCAUUGUAGGUGACCCUAACAGUCCAUUCUCUGGAAAUUCUAUUGUAUCCUGGAGAGCCUGUGUCAUCUUCUGUGAAAUCACCAGUGUUGUGGCAAUGCCAGCUGUCAUUGAGGCAUUCACUAAGUGCUUAUGUUGUUCACCAACUGACAUGUCGGCAAGACUGAUCACACUGAUUGGCAGAGAGAGCCCUAGUUUCCUAAGAGGGACUGCUAGGAAGGCAUCAUCCACACCCAUCUUCCUCACUGAGCAGGAGCAGCAGCUGAACCAGGUGGAAAAACUGAAACUUCAGCUACAGAUGAUGAACAAUGACAGGAAUGAACUGCGUGAAUUCCUGGCCCAUUACAACAAUGAGUUGAACAACAGCACCCUCUACAGUCAGCACCUGAGUGAACAGACUCAGCUGAAGGAAAAAGUGAGAAUGUUGCUAGAAGACAAGAAAAAGCUGCAGGGGGAGCAGAUUUUACUACAAGAGUCCUGUGAGGAGGCAAAGAGGCUCUGUGAUGAGGCCCAUGAGAAGAUCUAUGACCCCUGGACAAGGCAGCUGCAGGAACAUCAAAGACUUGAGGAAAAUCUUCACUCCCUGAUGAAGCAGACGGAGCUGUUCACCAGGCAAAGGGACUUGGCAGUAAAGCUGCAGCAUCACUUCACUGUGUCCCAGAUGAGGUUUGAAAACCUCCAGCAGGAACUGGAGCAGACCACAGCCCAGGAAGAGAGCCUCCUGCAAAUGGAGCUGCUGGGGCAGAAACACUAUGUUCCAGCACCUCUUCAGAAAACUGAGAAGGCUGGAAGAAGCCAGAGACACCUUGCAGGCAUGACAUUCUACACUCUAGGUUCACGGCCUCCUCAGAAAAUGCCACCUCUUUUCAGCUGUGAACUCACUAGUGAGGCAAAUAUCAACCGAUCAUCAGGCCAUCCAGCCACAAUCUGAUCCACAUCACUAUUCCCAGAGAAAAGAUUGUAUCAGAAAGAGUCUGAGAUUCAGAGGACAUAUCACAAAUUACUAAGAACCUUGACAUCCAUCAGCACAUGACCCCAUUGAGGGGCAAAACAACAUGGAAGAGGACAUGUAGGUGAGCAAGAGUUAUUCAGUAGACUUACUAUCAAGGGCUCUGACAAGCUGACUCGAUAUGUGAUGGAAAUUUGACAAGGAA